CCCAACAUCAUCAGCUUCAAGGGUGUGUGCACACAGGCUCCGUGCUACUGUAUCUUAAUGGAGUAUUGUUCCCAGGGCCAGCUCUAUGAGGUUCUGAGGGCCGGAAGGAAGGUGACCCCCAGACUGCUGGUGGACUGGGCCUCAGGGAUCGCCUCUGGGAUGAACUAUCUGCACCUCCACAAGAUCAUACACAGAGACCUCAAGUCCCCCAAACAUGCCCUGGACAUCAGGGAGCACUAUGAGAGGAAGUUGGAGAGAGCUAACAACCUCUACAUGGAGCUGAGUGCCAUCAUGCUACAGCUGGAGGURCGCGAGAAGGAGCUCAUCAAGAGAGAGCUGGCUGUGGAGAAGAAGUAUCCAGGUAACUACAAGCGUUCCCACCUGGUGCGUCCCAUCGUCAGGCCCAACGCCGUAGAGAAAUUCAUCAAGAAGAAAGGCAGCAUUUCCCACAAGACUGGGAUGCCCCCUGCUAAGAGGCCGGACCUGCUGCGUUCCGAAGGUAUCCUCAGUYUGGAGGUGCUCUCAUCCCCCUCGCCCCUCUCUGCCAGCCCCAAGGUUUCCACACCACCUGGCAAGCAGAGGUACCGCAGCAAGCCCCGGCACCGCCGUGCCAACAGCAAGGGUUCCCACAGCGACUUCCCCGGGGUUCUGAAGACCGGGCCGGGGGCGGAAGCUACGGAGGAGCAACAACCCCUCAAAGACCACUACCAGCCCCAGCCUCUAGGGGAGCACUACCAUCAUCCUGCCACCGGGUGUGCUGUCCAAGAGCACUACGAGCACCACCACCACCCCCCACCACAGGGCCCUCUGCUGCCCCUGAAGAACAGAGAGGAAGGGGUGGUCAACUGUGCCAACAACCUGCGUUACUUCGGCCCGGCCGCGGCCCUGCGAAGCCCCCAGACAGACCACCUCCAACGCCGCCUGUCCGGCACCAGCCCUGACCUCAUCUCUACGGCCGUGGUGUCAGACUCACGCCAGCGCAGCAUCUCUGUGUCAGGCCCCAGGGGUCCCGGGGGGAGGGGUGGGACACUGUGUCCCUGCUGCCUGACACACCCCUUCCCAGGCUGCCUGCACUGCCAGGAGAUCCCCCCGGCCCCCAGCCACCCAGAGCUGCCACACUACUCCCUGUUGUCCACCUGUCAGGGCUCGUCCCCCUCCCUGCCCAGAGGACCUGACCCCACGGCAGAGGGAGAGCAGCAGGAGAAGCAGGAUACAGCUCGGAAGAGCAGCUUACCCUCUGGAGCUGGCCUCCCACGCAACCUCAGGCCCCUGAGGAAGGCUGGUGAUGAGUCGUCAGAGGAGGAGGAGGGGGAGGUGGACAGUGAGGUGGAGUUUCCACGGAGACAGAGACCUCACCGCUGUAUGAGGUCGUUCCAGUCCUACUCCACCUUCAGCUCAGAGAACCUGUCUGUAUCUGAGGAAGAGGAGGGCAACACCAGUGACCGCUCCCACAGCGGACCCCUGGAGCUCUUCUCAGCCUCUCAGGAGGACCACCUGGAUGAGCUGCUAUCCCACACACCUGACAUCCCCAUCGACAUCAACACCCAGUCAGACGGGCUGUCUGAUAAGGAGUGUGCUGUCCGCAGGGUCAAGACCCAGAUCUCCCUGGGGAAACUGUGUUCUGAUGAGCACAGCUAUGAG